AUUAUUUACGACCAAAACCGGACUAAUUCAAAACAAUAUUUGCUACAGUUAAUGGCAUCCACGGUCAUUUAGAUGUUAACUGACCAAAAAGCCUAUAAAUAUUUAUCUUAUCUACAGGUUUUACCGGUCCAAUGCCAUAGUUUCAAUUGCUACAAUUAAGUGCAUUUACGGUUAUUUUCACCCAAAACACACACGAAUACACCUUGCCGGCUCCCACGAACCGAGCCUAAUAAUUUAAAAAUAGGAAAGGGAAAAAAAGAGCUAUCGGAAAAAUGAUUCAAACAAAAUGGAAGUAUAGUUUAUAGGUGCGCAGUAUAUCGGGUCGUUGUUGCGCUUUUGGACUAGCAAAAUCAGAGGCGUUAUCUUUGUGCUGCUAAUGAAUCCGCGCUUUCGAAUAAUUUCUUCUCCAUUUUAUCCGAAUCGUACUGGAGACCCCACCGGAACGAAUUGUGUGGCGCUGAAAAAUCCCAUGCGUUUCCCCUCUGCCUUCCCCCUGCCAUCGAUCUCUCUUUCGUCUCCCACCAGCACCGCCAUGCCCGUCCGUCGUAAUCAUGGGCUGCACCACCACUCUCUCUUCCUCUCCCCUCCUUCCUCAUCGCCGGAAUUAUCACCCCAUCAUCUCCAAACACCAGUUGACUCGCCGCUCCCUCUUCUUUCUAUCCACCUCUCUCUCCCUCCAAACUCCCAUCUCUUCCACUUCCCUCGCCUCCCCACCACCGCCGCCGCCUGAUACCACCAUCACCGACAGAGUCUUCAUGGACUUCAGCAUCUGCCCUUCUUACUUCCUCAAUCGCUCCGUCGGCGACGAGCUCUCCCUCUGCACAGACUCUGAGCCAUUGGGCCGCGUUGUUUUGGGGCUGUACGGAAAUCUCGUCCCAAUUACUGUAUCCAACUUCAAAGCCAUGUGCACCGGCUCUUGCGGGUCCACUUACAAGGGCACCCUGGUACAGAAAAUAUUCCCGGGUCAGUUCAUUCUUGCCGGGAAACAGGGCCGGAAAGAUAAAGGAGAGGUUACGCCGCCUCUGCAGUUGACUGCCAAUUCUGAAACAAUAAAUUCCGAGGCUUUCAAGUUGGAGCAUUCGAAAGGAGGCGUGUUGUCGUUGUGUUUGUCGGAGAAUGAUGACGAGGAUAACAUUAAGUUGGAUCCCAAUUAUCAUAAUGUCGAGUUCAUGAUCACUACUGGACCUGGACCCUGCCCUCAGCUUGAUUACAAGAACAUAGUAUUUGGUUCUGUGCUUGAAGGGAUGGAUGUGGUGGCGACAUUAUCAGCCAUCCCAACGUAUAAACCAGCAGAGAGAAUCCGGCAGUACAACGAUCUAGCUGAGUUUCUUGGAGAUGAGAGAGCAAAGAAUGCUCGAUCAAUCUGGAAUAGGCCUUUAAAAACUGUUUACAUCAGUGAUUGUGGAGAAUUAAAAGUCGCUAAGCCCACCCUUUCCCCUACUCUUCCUUAAUCUGUGCAUUCAUUUAACUAAAAUUCUGUAUCCAGCGAGAUUUUCCGCUGAGCUGAUCCUAUUGUUUUUCUUGUAAUAAACUUGGUCAUAGAAUUUCCUGUACAUUACAUUACAUUUGGAAAUACGGAAAAUUUCUUCCCAUUUCAAGAACAGGAGUAUAUAAUAAGACGCAUGGAACUACUAUUUUUUUUUUCUUCUUGUUAUAUCUGCCCUUUGCGUUUACAUGGGGUGGAAGCAAAAAUAGAUUGGAUUUUGGAGUGUCAUUGACAGGCCUCAUAAUGCCAAAUUCUAGUGUAGAAAAGCCCACGCACCUUUUCAAUUCUGUACAAUAAUUUUACUGGAUCAUAUUGUUGCUGAUUGAUCAUUUUCGCCUUGCCGCUAUGAUGAUGUAGUCUAGGUUUGACUUCAGUUUAGGAGCAAGAGCAACAAACUGGAAUCAUGAACCAAAAUGGGAGCAGUUGAAAUUUGUAAAACUUUACUACUAGAUAGAGCUGUCUUAUACUCUUAUUAGGAGUGUGAUUGCCUUAUAGAAAAAAUUGGUAUUUGUAAGAAGUCAUCCAAGAACCUAGUCAAGAAGAAUAUGUGGAUGCCCGGAACCAAGCUAUCCCAUUGUAUGUUGCAUCAUCAGCAAACAAAAAGGUGAUUGAAAAUUUAAAAACACUUGUUUUUGCAAAUAGUAUCAUCUUUUUUACAGUGUAUUUUGGAGAUUGGACCAUAUUUUCUACAAAGCUUUAUUGGUUAACCUACCAGCACCGGGUCCUUGAAGCGUGCUGGCGAGACAUUGAAAGUUGAAACUCGGAACGAAAGGAAGGGAUUAGAUGGGGCUCCACCGACCCGAGAACUGUGUAUGUUGAUGACCAUUAUUAUUAGUUGACGAUGAUGAUGAUAAGAAGGAGAUAAAAAUCGACAAGUACAAAGGAAAGGGACCACUACCAACAUUGCCAAACAGGGGCCUUGUUGGAGAUGUCAUAAGAGGUAAAUAAACAAGGAGGAACAGCAAUCAACCUCUUCUUGUAAGAUGAUAAACAGCAACAGGGCCUUCAUUGAAAAGCGCUAAAAAUACUGCAAAAAGAAGCUCUCUCUCUGUGUCUCUGUCUCUGUAUGUAUGUAUAUAUGCAUAGUGAAUGAAUGAAACCUCUGAAUUCUGUGUACAUUAUGGGUAGUGAAUUAUGAGCAUGAAAAGAGUAAAAGGGACCACUGACAAAUAUUGGUGAGAACAAUAAGGCUUUAAACAAGCUGGUGUGAGGGCUUUGAGAUGCCAAAGUUUACACCAAAAAGUUGUACUCCACAGGACGAUGAGUACAGGAGGUUUGCUAUAAGAUUGCCAUCGUAGACAAUCACUAAAGACACAUACUUUAAAUGGUUCCGAUCAGUAUUUUCAACUGAAAAAGAAAACCAG